AUGCCGCCUCCUCGUGGAACACAAAACAUCCUAGAAGGCCCUGGCGACUACGAUGUGACGUCAAUCGUGCACAGCGAUUCCUACGCAGCCAUCGAUCCUCGCCAAUUCGACUUCUCUGGCAAGGCUGUCUUCGUCACCGGUGCCUCGCGAGGCCUCGGCCGUGAGAUGGUCCUGGCAUAUGCGCGAGCUGGAGCUUCAUUCAUUGCCGCUGGUGCACGCUCGGAUAUGUCUCAACUGGCGAAAGAUGUAUCUGCGGUGGCGGCGUCGGCUAAACGAAAUGCUCCAAAAUUCUUGCAAAUAGAUCUUGACGUGGCGGAUCCAAACAGCGUACAAGAGGCGGCAGUAACGGUUGAGCGAGAAUUUGGUCGCUGUGAUAUCGUUAUCAACAAUGCCGGCUUGCUAGGCACGCAUGGAGGCAUUGCUGCUACUGAUCCAGAGGAGUGGUGGAACAUCAUGACUGUUAAUCUCAGAGGUCCAUAUUUGGUCGCUCGUUCGUUUCUCCCAUUGCUCGUCAAAAGCCCCAAUCCGUAUAUCAUUCAGGUCACCAGUGUUGCUGCCCACCUGCUCAACCCAACAUUGACUGCCUACCAGACAUCCAAGGCGUCCUUGUUGCGUUUCACCCAGCUUAUUCACGCGGAGUACGGCAAGCAAGGUGUUACUGCUUUUGCCAUUCACCCAGGUAACUGCCCAACCGACAUGAUGGGUGGGCCGGAAGGGUUGCAUGAUUUUGAGAAACAUAUCUUCGUCGACUCGCUGGACCUGGGUGCCAACACCCUGGUAUACAUCACUUCGGAGAAACGCGAGUGGCUGGGCGGUCGAUACAUUAAUGCAACCUGGGACAUGCCUGAACUAGAAGCAAAGAAAGAUGAAAUCGUCCAAGGGGACAAGCUCGUAAAUAAGUUUGUCUUCUAG